CUAUUCUUACUACUGCUACUACUACUACUACUACUACUACUACUACUACUACUACUACUACUACUACUACUACUUUUCAAGGUACACAAUUCAACUUCACCAUGUUUUGGUCCUCAGCUGUAUCCCUCUUGGCAGUCCAUGCAAGUCUUGUGGCUGGUCACCCAGGUGGGAAUCAUGAACAUGAACUGGCUGUUCGUCGUGAGCACCUGCAGAACAGUCGAAGCAACCUUUCUCACUGUGCAAAAUCACUCGAAGCCCGCGGCAUAACUAAGCGGUCUAUUGAACGCCGAGUCGCUGUCGCCCGCUCCCUCGAAGGAGAGGUAAGCGCCAAUGUCUACCCUAACCAGCACGCGGUUGAUAUUUCGGCUUUUGCCUCAAAUGCUUCUUGUGCCUUGUCCCCCGAAGAAAUCCUGGGCCCUUACUAUGUUGCUGGAGAAUACGUUCGCGAAGAUGUCCGAGAGCAUCAAGUAGGCGUCCCUCUUACCUUGGAUAUCCAAUUCAUUGAUUCGUCUACCUGCGAGCCUGUCGCUGGAAAAUACAUUGAGCUCUGGGGUGCCAAUUCCACUGGCGUCUAUGGUGGUGUGGUGGCGCCGGAAAACGGCAAUGGCAACGGGGAUCCGGGCAACCUUAAGAAUAGUUGGCUGCGUGGAGUCCAAAAGAGCGACGAGGAUGGCGUCGUGCAGUUCCGGACCAUCUUCCCUGGUCACUACAUUGGGCGAACAAACCACUUACACGUGCUAGUUCAUCCAGACGCCAAGCCCUUUCCCAACGGAACUAUUCUAUCCACCACAGCCUCGUUUGUUGGCCAGCUAUACUUCCCCCAAGAGUUGGCUAACCGUGUGGAGAAGAGGGCCCCAUACAACACCAACAAGCAGCCUGUGACGAGCAACAGCAAGGACGAGUUCUUGCAGGGGGACCUCGCGCAGGGUGGUAAUCCCAUCAUUGACUACAAGCUGGUCACCAACGACAUCUCAGGUGGUGUUAUUGGCUGGCUAGCUUAUGGUAUCGACGUGGAAAAGGAAGAAACGGUGCAGCCAAUCCACACAUUCAAUGCCAGAGAGGCCGAAGAGACACAAGCCUACUAGUCCUACUGAGUCGUUCAGUCCCAUCAGCUGUCACAGUAUGCAUGGCCGAUGCUCGUGGCCGAUGACAAGGCCAGGCGGGAGGUUAAUCGAGUAAUCAAGCACCAGGGCUUUCCUUGCACGCGACUGUGGGCUGAGGAGAGGUGUUUCUGCGACAGCCGGAAUAAGGUGAAGGGAUAAAUGGAUAGGGCUCGUCGGCCGUUUCACGUGUGAAGGAGAAGACAAUGCGCAACCAGGCCGGUGCUAGCGUCCCGAUUACCCCGCCUCCGUCGCCGAACGCUCUGAUAGUACGUCGUCCGUUGCGGCGUUUUUGCAGUUGCCACUGAAUCGUAAAAAUUGUAGUAAAUUUGCAGAUAAUUUCAGCUGAUGUGAUAGUUUCCCCAUG